UUCCCAAAAUUUGCCUCCCCCCAAAACCCCUUUCUCGUCAUUUUAUUUUUAUGCUUUUACCGCUUCCUCUCUCUCUCUCUCAUCCCCUACUCUCACUCGAUUUCUUCUUCGAACGAUCAAAAAAUUAACCCAAAACCAAAACCCCCUUUCCCCUAAAGCCCUAAAAUCCCAGACCAGGGGUUUUACUUUUACUCUACUUCCUUGUAGUAUAAUCUAUUGUCAAUUUUUUGUUCUCCCGACAAGCCCUUUUGGUUUUUGUUGGUGAAUUUUGAUUCAUGGAUUCUGAGAAAGAAACCCUCGAGGAGAAACAGCCAGGAAAGGAGGAGAAGGAGGAGGAGGAAGAGGAGGAUGCGGAUGCUGCUGUGAAAAAUGGUGGAGAAGGGGUAAAAGAAGCCGCAGCGGGUGAAGAGAAGUUGCCGGAGAAAGAGGUGGAAGAAGAGGGAGGAAAAGAUGAGAUGGAAGUUGAUAAGAAGGAAGAGAAAGAGGAGAAAGUAGAGCAGGAGGAUGGAGAAGAGGAAAAGGUUGAGGAAGAAGAAGAAGAGGAGGAUAAGAAGGAGAAGAAGAAAGUGAAGAAGAGCGCUAAGAAAGUGAAAGAGAAGGUUUCACCUGCGACACCGGCGAUUGAGAGGCCCACCAGGGAGAGGAAGACUGUGGAGAGAUAUACCGAGACUUCUGCCGGAAGGAGUGCGUCGCCAAAACCGAUAGCUAUUGAGAAGGGUCAAGGCACGCCGCUAAAGGACAUUCCUAAUGUGGCAUAUAAGCUAUCAAAAAGAAAAGCUGAUGACACUCUACAGAUGCUUCACUACAUUCUCUUUGGCAAGAAAGGAAGGGCACAGACUUUGAAGAAAAACAUAGGCAUGUUUUCAGGCUUUGUCUGGACAGAAAAUGAGGAGGAAAAGCAAAGGGCAAAAGUCAAGGAGAAGCUUGACAAAUGUGUUAAGGACAGAUUGUUUGUCUUUUGUGAUAUCCUCAAUAUUCGGUUGAACAAAGCUGUUGCAAAGAAGGAAGAUCUUUCAGCAAAGUUAUUGGAGUUCUUGGAAUCCCCACAUGCUACCACAGAGGUUUUGCUUGCUGACCAGGAACAGAAGGGUAAGAGACGGAAGGUGAAAGCAUCAACAAGUAAAACUUCAGGCCCUUCGGAUGCAGCUACAGGAAAGUCAGCAAAGAAACAAAAACAGGAUUCUGAAGUUGGGGAAAAGCGCAAGCGUUCCUCAACUGAGGAUGAAGAAGAUGAUGCGUUUGAGCAUUCUGACAGCAAACAAGAAUCUUUGGGGGAUGAGGAUAGUGAUGCAGUUGUCAAAGCAGAAAGUGAUAAUGAGCAGAGCAAGUCAGAUGAAGAUGUUGAAGAAGAUCACGAGGAACCCAAGCAGAAGCCAAGUGAGAAAAGUGCUUCUAAGAAGAGUGUGAAGAAGGAAUCUGGUGAUAAUAGCAGGGAGAAGUCUAAGGCAGUGAAGAAAGAGAGCCCAGCCAAAUCUCCCAAAACCUCUGGUAAAAGUGCCAAAAAAACAGUCAGUUCAGGAUCUAAGAAAGUUGCUACUGAAUCUGACUCAAAGGAGAAGUCCAAAGUUUCAUCUUCUAAGAAACAGAAGGUUGAAAAGGAGAGCGAGAAAGUACGUGAUGCUUCUGGGAAAGAAAAAGCUUCAAGUAUUAAGCAGUCAAGCAACUCUUCGGCAAAGGGUUCAGGAAAAGAUCAAGGGAAAUCAAAGAGUGACAAGAAGGCUAAGGCAGAACCCAGCAAUGAGGAAAUGCAUAAAGUAGUAGUUGCCAUUUUGAAGGAAGUGGAUUUUAACACUGCAACCUUAUCUGAUAUUCUCAGGCAACUUGGAACCCACUUUGGAGUGGAUCUAAUGCACCGAAAGUCUGAAGUUAAGGCUAUAAUUACUGAGGUUAUAAAUAACAUGACCGACGAGGAAGAUGAGGAAGAAGAUGAGGAAGCUGGGGCUGGGAGUAAUCAUGAGAAAGAUGAGGAUGAUGACAAUGAUGCUUAAAUUUAAAAUCCAAGCAUAUGCCGUGGAUGAGGAAUGUAUCAGUUUGAAUUAGUUGUUCAGUAUGAUGAUGAGAAGCGUUGUACAAGGGACUUUUAUCAGAUGGGGGUGUGCAGCACAACUGCAACUGCGGUAUCAUUUCCUUCUGUCAAACUUCUUACAGAUGAAGGCGGAAUAGGUCACCUGUAUCAUAUAACAUUUAACUGUGUGUCUGUACUUUGGAUGAAAUCUCACCAUUAGGGAUUUUUUACAUUCUAAUCCCCUUCCUAUCUUUAGCUUAUAGCUUGAGCAUGAAAUUGAUGUAGUUGUAUUUAUUUGAUGUUAAACUCUGUAAAACACCUAGGAAAUUUUCCAGAAGUGGGUUCAGUGAACUUAGAUUUGUAAUUUUUAUACUGUUCUUUGACACAUAGAUGAGACAUUUUACAGUGAGAAGGGUGGAUUUGAAAGUACGGUCUUUUACUUA